CAUGGGCCACUUCUCAUCUGAUUCUUGACAAGAAAGUGACAUUAAUAAAAGUCUCUUCAUUCCUGAUUCAACAUAAGAAUGAUCUUGUUAAUUUUUGUAUUAUUUUAUCCUUUUCUAAGCGACACGAGGCAAGAGCUCCAUGUUCUUCAGAGAAUAAUUGGUUGUGAGCUGGAGAAACGUCCUGAUGGAUCAGUGAAUCUGAGAGCAUUUGAUGAAUAUGGAUUUGAUGGAGAGGAUAUUAUUGCCUUUAAUUCUGACACUCUGCAGUGGAUUGAUAAAAACCCCAAAGCCAAAGAAACCAAAAUCAAAUGGAAUUGUCAGACAGAACGCAACCAAUUCAUAAAGAAAUACCUCAAGACCUGCACUGACUGGAUCUCCACCUUUCACAACAGAAAAAAUACUCCACCAGAUGUUCGUGUCUUGGUGCCGAAAGUUUCUGAUGAUCGAAGUAAGCUGAAUCUGACUUGUCUGGCCACUGGUUUCUACCCCAGAGAUAUUGAGAUGUACAUCAGGUGGGAUGAAUCUAUUCUUAAGAACCAAAGAUCAUCUGGAAUCAGACCAAAUACUGAUGGAUCCUUUCAGAUGAGAACCAGUGUGGAGAUUGAUGUAAAUCACAAAGGGUUUUAUGACUGUCUGGUCAUUCACAGCAGUCUGACUCUGACACGACCGAUUUUAACAGUGUGGACCAUAUAUCAACAAAACUUUAGUGCAGAAUCUCUAUGGUCUGUUAUAGCAGGAAUAGCAGCAGCCGUAGUUAUAUUUCUCCCUGUGAUUGGUUGCUGCAUCUACCGAUAGAAAAAGUCAAAAAGUGAGUUAUAAAUAUUCAGCAUCAUCAUCUGCUUUAAAUCUCUUUUUUUUUAUAUCCCUUUUUAAGUUAUUUUAAAUAUGUAUGAACAGUUUGACAUUACAUGGUGGUAGAACUAUGUGAACAUGGUGAAAGUGAUUUUAUGAUGGUGAGUUUUUGAUUGUUUACAAUAUUUGAAUUUCAUGUGUUAAAACAGACAACAAGAUUAUCCAUAAUUUGUAUGGAUAAACUGUGAAGUGUUGGAAUCAUUGCAGAUUGACAUAAACAUAUUUACAAGAACAUGGUAUUGAUGUACUCAAGAUGAAGUUUUUAUAUGUUGUGUAAUCUGCUGUGUAAUCUUUCCUACACUGUAAAAAAUGAUUGUGAUUUUAACAGUAAAAAACUGCAAAAUACCACAGUA